GUAGGAUGUCAGAUAAAUGGAUUUUUGGGUUUCUAUUUUGGUAUAUGUGGUAUGGAAACAUUGGCUGUAAUGAGUUUUGUGAGAUAUAUUAAAAUAUGUCAUAGAAGAUACGCCGCCAGAUUGAAUGAUUGUUGGACGUAUUUCAUGAUAAUUGCUAUAUAUGUGAGUUGUGCAAUCAUCGCAGGAUGUCCGUUUUUUUCGUGGGGAGAAUAUGAUUUGGAAAUAUUCGGUACCUCGUGUUCAGUAGUUUGGAGGAAA